GGAUCAUGAAGAGACCUAUGCAGGCAGCGACGGAGGGAGGGAGACGUGGAAGCAAGGCAGCAAACCACAACAGACAGUAGCCCUGGGGAAAUCAUGCAGCACGCGGAAAGCCGGGCCUUCCAUCCUUCCGUCCCCUCUGCCGAGCCAAGCCAAGCCAUACAAUCUGCUGAUGCUGCUUCACUCAUUUACGGAAGUGAUGAAAAGCUAGGUGGUUAAGAGUGAACAGACAACUCUCUCGUAGUUUCUCGGUAGAGCCAUCAUCUGCCGAACCGACUCACACGUAAAAACCAGCAGGGAGAGCUCCAAGUCAGGGGGUAGCAGUGUCUCUCUUUGUGCCGUUCCUACCAAGAAGUUCUCAUUUCAUGAACACAUCUGACCCUUAGUUAACCCCCCACAGACUGAGUCUACAUCGUCCCACUUGUUCGUGAUUAAUUUUCUGCUCGUAGUGCACAAAGAUGUUGGCGAGCAUCGCAGGACGCAACCCGACCAGACGAGCGCCGGGAGCAGUGUGCUAUGACUUAGCUGUGGAACCGCCCAGCACCUUUCUGGACCUCUCCUUCCGCUCCGCGGGCCCGUUCACCGUCCGCGACAAACCAGCCCCGACUGAGGCGCAGCAAAUAGUGCCUCAGGUCCAAGCUCCGUCAGAAAACGGCGGCGCGACGUUAUCGCCAGCAGAUCCUGCCUCCGCGUAUCCUGAGAAAGACGACGAGAUCUUCUCUCCUAUUGGUUGGGUGAUUCCCUCUAAGAAGUUCAAACCAGGCCCGGAGGAAGAUCUUGUCGACUCAGUCGCGGCGGGGGGGUCGCUGCUUCUAACGAGACUGCCACUUGUAGCGGGUAUACCUGGCGAUGGCGGCGAUCGAUCCGUUCCGUCCAUCGACGAAGACUGCCUCGUAUCGCAACCGUCCUUGUCGCACCUACUAAAGCCGCAGCCCGCCGCCGCCGCUUCUGGAUCCCCAGCGAGAUGCUCGCGAAUGCUCGUGUCCCCCGCUAUAAGCGAGCGACAGUGCUUGUACAGAAACCCUGACACGGUAACCACGGGAUCCGCUUGCUGUGACUGCGAGGAGUCUCCUGAGGAGGAAGAAGCCGCGGAGUACAAUUCGUGCGGGUCGGACUCCGAGCAGCGGCAGAUGUGGCGGUUGGAAGCAGAAUCCGCGGAUGGAAAAUCAGAAAACGGGGCUGAAGCGGCUCAGGGUGAUUCUGUUUUUUCGUUCUACGACGGCGGAAUGGAGUGCGGCGCGGAUUGCCAAUCAUGGAGGCUGGACGUUGAUCUGACCCUUCAGUGCACGAGGGGCCGCCUCUGGGGAUGCUCUGACGUGAUUGGCUCCAUCGAUUUCGACGACUCGGGUAACUAUUUCGCCACCGGUGGCAUCUCGCGAAAGAUUCGCGUGUAUUCGCUUUCGUCGCUCUACUCGCUUAAGGAACGGAAGCUGGAGGAGUGGCGGGAAAGAGGCGCGAGGCGGAGCUGCGACAUCGUCUCUGGCCUGCCAGCGACAGUUGCGGUGGAAACAGCGGCUGAUUCAUCGGUCGACUCGGAGUUUUUCAACUCCGGAUUAUCCUACGCCGGGUCGCGACGAGGAAAGCGACGGGCUGCGUCGACGAGCGAUCUCCGAUGGUACGCCGAAGCUUCGGAAAGAGGCGACGACGAGGAGGCGGCAGCGUGCGUGCUCGACACGGACCAGUCAGCGUCCAAGAUUCUCUGCUGCGCUGCGAAAUUAAGUUCCGUGAUGUGGGUACCCGGAUCCAGCGGCACUGUAGGCGCGGGUGACUAUGACGGGGUGUUCGCGGAGUGGGACAUCGAGAAGGGGCUCUGCGUGACAGAACGGGAGGAGCACGAGGGACAGCGCAUCUGGUCCGUCGAUUACUCGCAGUGGAUGGGAUCCAACGGCAAACCGAUGUCCGUUUCAGCUUCGGACAACGGAGCAGUCUGUCUCUGGUCGGCUGACUCAGAAGACAGCGUGGCGAAGAUCCGAUUGGCUUCCGGAAAUCGCGCGAUCUGCAGUGCGAAAUUCGGUCCGGCCAGAGGCGGCGAGAAUCUCCUCGCACUGGCUGGAGCGGAUUCGAAAGUGUACUUAUACGACCUUCGGAAUCUCGAGGAGCCGCUUCUGUCGCUCGCAGGGCACCAGCGAACCGUGAGCUUCGUGCGGUUCAUGGGCCCAGGCUCCCUGGUUUCCUCAUCCGUCGAUUCUACCGUCAAGCUGUGGGACGUCACGGGUUCGAAUCCCAGCGACGGCGUUUCUGCAGCAACGGCCUCCCCUGGCCGGAUACCUAAGGCUAGCGUCAGUGCUGCUUCUCAGGCCCAAGCUAGUGGCAGUCCGACCAGCCGGCUUAAUCUCCAAGCCGCAGGAGACUCGACUCGCCUGCGUGCGAGCUGCAACGACCAUGUUAACGUGCGGAACUUCGUCGGGUUGUCUGUCACAGAGCUAGACGGUGGUUCCAGCCUCUGCAAUGGCGGCAAUAGAUGUGGCAAGGCGGCUUCAGGUUCGGCAGGAGGUUCGGGAGGCGGGCUCAUCGCCACGGGUUCGGAAACUAACGACCUGGUGAUCUACCACGUGGACUCCCAGUCCCGCUGCAGUUGCGCUCUCAAGUUCGACUUCGGUUUCGCUAAGCCGCCCGGCAACCACGGCAAUAGUAGUCGUUCCUCGAACCCUAGUGGACGGUCUUGGAGCCCUACGCCUGGUAUGACUGGAAGAGAGAGCAGCAGCGGGGGGCAGAUGGGGGGAAGCGGAAGCGGAGGCGGAGGUGGUGGGGGGAAUAGCUUCGUGAGCGCUGUUGGCUGGCAGCAGCGCGCGGAGGGUGACUUGCUUGGUGCGGCAAAUUCCCAAGGAGUAGUAAGGAUUCUUCGGACCCGAUGUGAAUAGUUGAGAUCAAUUUGUGUAACACUUCUAGAUGCUCUUAAACAACGAUGCGCUUCAUAUUUAUUUUGAUGCACAAUAAUGCUCUGAAGCAUCA